AUGGUUCGAAGUAAAGCAACUGAUUUCUUCAACGUCGAGCAGUCAGGAAGCGACGCAGACAGAAGCGAUUCUGAAGAUGGACAAAACUUUAAUAGCCAAGAGAAUAACGACAUAUACGGCAGUGAUAAUGAGGAUGUAGAUGACGAGGAAGAAGAGUUCAAAGGAAGAUCUUCCAUUUCGAAUAAACGUCGUCGGGAAGAUGCCUUUAAAAGCGAUAACGAAGAUGACGAAGACGAAGAUGAAAGCAUAGAAAAUCAACUUGAGGAGGAUGGGGAAGAAGAAUACAGUGAUAGAGAGUUGGAGGAAGAUUUUGAGGUAGAAGACAAGAAAGCUCAAAAUGGAAAACUCAAGCCGUUGACGAAAGAGCAAGUCGAGCAGGAUUUGGAAAAGAUCAGAAAAUCUGGUGUAGUUUAUAUCUCACGCAUUCCGCCAUAUAUGAAACCACAAAAGCUACGACAGAUCCUCAGCAGAUUUGGUGAAGUUAAUAGAAUUUUCUUGACGCCUGAAGAUCCCAAGGUAUAUGCCAAACGAGUCAAGUAUGGUGGAAACAAGAAAAAAAAUUAUACUGAAGGAUGGGCUGAAUUUGUCAAGAAGAAGAAUGCCAAGCUGGCUGCUGAUACUUUGAAUGGAAAUAUCAUUGGUGGCAAAAAGGGCUCAUAUUAUCAUGAUGAUAUUUUAAAUGUCAAAUAUUUAUCGAAAUUUAAGUGGCAGAACCUCACAGAACAAAUUGCUCUUGAAGCUCAGUCAAGACAAGAGAAGCUUCGUGCUGAAAUUGCUCAAGCUACAAGAGAAAACAAGAUAUUUAUUGAAAAUGUGGAGCGUCAUAAGAUGAUUCAAGGCAUCCAGAAGAAGAGGGCUGAGAAGGCCGAGUCAAGUGGUGGAGCAAAAGAACCAGCUGAAAUUCGCAGAACUUUUCAACAACGGCAAGUCGAGUCAAGGCGUUCCGAUGCUACCAAGAAGUCGAAUGAUAAGAACCUUGACAAGACAGUUUCCAGAGUCCUUAGCAAAGUAUUUUAG